UGCGCUCAGGGCACGGGAAGAGGCAGCGGGGGCGCGCGGAGGGCUGCUGUGGCAAACGGGGCGCGUCCACGUGGCUGGCGGGCGGCCACCCGGAGCCAGCGACGGCGGAGGGAUAGGCCCAUACCCGGCACAGCUGCUGGCCAUGCCCACUGUUUGCCUCCUGCUGCUGCUCUUCCUCACCAUGGAGGAAGGUCUGGGUAGCAGCAGGCCCUUCCGUGCCUUUGUGGUGACAGACACCACACUCACCCACCUGGCUGUGCACCGAGUGACUGGGGAGGUUUUUGUGGGUGCAGUGAACCGGGUCUUCAAGCUGGCCCCCAACCUGACUGAAUUGCGGGCCCACGUCACUGGGCCUGUUGAGGACAAUGCUCGCUGCUACCCACCCCCCAGCAUGCGUGUGUGUGCCCACCGCCUGGUGCCUGUGGACAACGUGAAUAAGUUGCUGCUCAUAGACUAUGCAGCCCGUCGCCUAGUGGCCUGUGGCAGCAUCUGGCAGGGCAUCUGCCAGUUCCUUCGCCUGGAUGACCUCUUCAAGCUGGGUGAGCCUCAUCACCGCAAAGAGCACUACCUGUCAGGGGCCCAGGAACCUGACUCCAUGGCUGGUGUCAUUGUGGAGCAGGGCCAGGGGCCUAGCAAGCUAUUUGUAGGUACUGCUGUGGAUGGCAAGUCAGAGUACUUUCCUACCUUGAGCUCCCGCAAGCUCAUUGGCGACGAGGACAGUGCUGAUAUGUUCAGUCUGGUGUACCAGGAUGAGUUUGUCUCGUCUCAGAUCAAGAUCCCCUCAGACACACUGUCCUUGUACCCUGCCUUUGACAUCUACUACAUAUAUGGCUUUGUUAGUGCCUCCUUCGUGUACUUCUUGACACUGCAGCUAGACACCCAGCAGACUCUGCUGGACACAGCAGGCGAGAAAUUCUUCACGUCCAAGAUUGUGCGCAUGUGUGCAGGGGACUCGGAGUUCUACUCAUAUGUGGAGUUCCCCAUUGGUUGUUCCUGGCAUGGUGUGGAGUACCGUUUGGUGCAGAGUGCCCACCUGGCCAAACCUGGCUUGCUGCUAGCCCAGGCCCUGGGUGUGCCAGCUGAUGAGGAUGUCCUCUUCACCAUCUUCUCUCAGGGCCAGAAGAACAGGGCCAGCCCACCUCGGCAGACCAUCCUCUGUCUCUUUACCCUCAGCAACAUCAAUGCCCACAUUAGGCGCCGCAUCCAGUCCUGCUAUCGUGGGGAGGGCACAUUGGCCCUGCCCUGGCUGCUGAACAAGGAGCUGCCCUGCAUCAACACCCCCAUGCAGAUCAAUGGAAACUUUUGUGGGUUGGUGUUGAACCAGCCAUUGGGCGGCCUGAAUGUGAUUGAGGGGCUGCCCCUGCUGGCUGACAGCACUGAUGGUAUGGCCAGUGUGGCUGCCUACACCUACCACCAGCACUCUGUGGUCUUCAUUGGCACACGCAGCGGCAGUCUGAAGAAGGUACGGGUUGAUGGCUCCCAGGAUGCCCACCUAUAUGAGACAGUCCCUGUGGUGGAUGGCAGCCCCAUUCUCCGAGACCUCCUCUUUAGCCCUGAUUACCGGCACAUCUACCUCCUGAGUGAGAAGCAGGUGAGCCAGCUUCCAGUGGAGACAUGUGAGCAGUACCUGAGCUGUGCAGCCUGCUUGGGCUCAGGGGACCCACACUGCGGUUGGUGUGUGCUACAGCACAGGUGCUGCCGUGAAGGUGCUUGUCCUGGUGCCUCUGCCCCACAUGGCUUUGCAGAGGAGCUGAGCAGGUGUGUACAGGUGCGAGUCAGGCCCAACAACGUGUCAGUGACAUCACCUGGGGUGCAGCUGACUGUAGCCAUGCGCAACGUGCCAGACCUCAGUGCGGGUGUGACCUGUGCCUUUGAGGAGGUGACAGAGAGCGAGGCUGUCCUGUUGCCCUCCGGGGAGCUGCACUGCCCCUCACCCUCCCUCCAGGAGCUCCAGGCUCUUACCAGGGGGCACGGGGCCACCCGCACUGUGCAGCUGCAGCUGCUCUCCAAGGAGACUGGUGUGAGGUUUGCUGGGGCUGAUUUUGUCUUCUACAACUGCAGUGUCCUCCAAUCGUGCAUGUCCUGUGUUGGCAGCCCCUAUCCCUGCCAUUGGUGUAAGUACCGCCAUGUGUGUACCAGCCACCCCCACGAGUGCUCCUUCCAGGAGGGCAGGGUCCACAGCCCUGAGGGCUGCCCUGAGAUCUUGCCUCGUGGGGACCUCCUGAUCCCCGUGGGUGUCAUGCAGCCUCUCACCCUGCGGGCUAAAAACCUGCCACAGCCCCAGUCAGGCCAGAAGAACUAUGAGUGUGUGGUCCGGGUACAGGGGCGGCAGCAGCGAGUGCCAGCUGUGCGUUUCAAUAGCAGCAGUGUGCAGUGUCAGAAUGCCUCGUACUCUUAUGAUGGUGACGAGUAUGGUGACACUGAGCUGGACUUCUCUGUUGUCUGGGAUGGAGAUUUCCCCAUUGACAAGCCUCCCAGCUUCCGAGCCCUCCUGUACAAGUGCUGGGCUCAGCGGCCCAACUGCGGCCUCUGCCUCAAGGCUGACCCCCGCUUCAACUGUGGCUGGUGCAUCACAGAAAACAGGUGCCAGCUGCGGGCCCAUUGCCCAGCCCCCAAGACCAACUGGAUGCACCCAAGCCAGAAGGGGACCCGGUGUAGCCACCCACGCAUCAUCCAGAUCUACCCGCUCAUGGGGCCCAAGGAGGGAGGCACCCGGGUCACCAUCGUGGGUGAGAACCUGGGCCUUGCCUCCAGGGAGGUGGUCCUGCGAGUGGCUGGUGUGCGUUGCAACUCUAUCCCCACUGAGUACGUCAGUGCUGAGAGGAUUGUUUGUGAGAUGGAGGAGUCACUGGUGCCCAGCCCGCAGCCAGGGCCUGCUGAGCUCUGUGUAGGCGACUGUUCUGCCGACUUCCGUACGCAGUCCGAGCAGCUCUACAGUUUUGUGACCCCGACAUUUGACCGUGUAAGUCCUACUCGGGGCCCAGCUUCAGGGGGCACGCGGCUCACCAUCUCUGGCAGCUCUCUGGAUGCCGGCAGCAGGGUCACAGUAACCGUGAGAGAUGGCGAGUGCCAGUUUGUGAGAAGAGAUGCUGAGGCCAUCGUAUGUAUCUCGCCUGUCUCCACCUUGGGCCCCAGCCAGGCCCCCAUCACCCUUGCCAUUGACCGAGCCAACAUCUCUAGCCCUGGAGUCAUCUAUACCUACACUCAGGACCCCACCGUCACUCAUCUUGAGCCUACCUGGAGCAUCAUUAAUGGAAGCACUGCCAUCACUGUGAGUGGGACCCACCUGCUGACCGUUCAGGAGCCCCGGGUCCGGGCCAAGUACCGUGGCAUUGAGACUACCAAUACAUGCCAGGUGAUCAACGAUACUGCCAUGCUGUGUAAGGCCCCCGGCAUCUUCCUUGGGCAGCCUCAGCCCAGGGCCCAAGGCGAGCACCCUGAUGAGUUUGGCUUCCUGCUGGACCACGUGCAGACAGCCCGCUCCCUCAAUCGCUCCUCCUUCACCUACUAUCCUGACCCCAGCUUUGAGCCGCUUGGGCCCUCUGGCGUCCUGGAUGUCAAACCUGGCUCCCAUGUUGUGCUAAAGGGCAAGAACCUGAUCCCGGCAGCAGCUGGCAGUUCCCGCCUCAACUAUACAGUGCUUAUUGGAGGCCAGCCUUGUGCACUCACCGUCUCAGACACACAACUCCUGUGUGACUCGCCCAGUCAGACAGGCCGGCAGCCUGUCAUGGUGCUGGUGGGUGGCCUGGAGUUCUGGCUGGGUACCCUGCACAUCACAGCUGAGCGGGCACUGACCCUGCCAGCCAUGGUGGGGCUGGCAGUGGGGGGUGGGCUCCUGCUUCUGGCCAUCACUGCUGUGCUGGUCGCCUACAAGCGCAAGACUCAGGAUGCAGACCGCACACUUAAGCGGCUCCAGCUGCAGAUGGACAACCUGGAGUCCCGUGUGGCCCUGGAGUGCAAGGAAGCUUUUGCAGAACUACAGACAGACAUCAAUGAGCUAACAAAUCACAUGGAUGGGGUGCAGAUCCCUUUCCUGGACUAUCGGACCUAUGCAGUGCGCGUGCUCUUCCCAGGCAUUGAGGCCCACCCAGUGCUUAAGGAGUUGGAUACCCCCCCAAAUGUCGAGAAGGCUCUGCGCCUCUUCGGGCAGCUGCUGCACAACCGCGCCUUCGUACUCACCUUCAUCCACACGCUGGAGGCCCAGAACAGCUUUUCCAUGCGUGACCGUGGCACUGUGGCCUCACUCACCAUGGUGGCCCUGCAGAGCCGGCUGGACUAUGCCACUGGGCUCCUGAAGCAACUGCUGGCGGACCUCAUAGAGAAAAACCUUGAGAGCAAGAACCACCCAAAGCUGCUGCUGCGCAGGACAGAGUCAGUUGCUGAGAAGAUGCUUACCAACUGGUUCACAUUUCUGCUGCAUAAGUUUUUGAAGGAGUGCGCUGGGGAGCCACUCUUCCUGCUCUACUGUGCCAUCAAGCAGCAGAUGGAGAAGGGUCCCAUUGAUGCCAUAACAGGCGAGGCACGCUAUUCUCUGAGUGAGGACAAGCUCAUCCGACAACAGAUUGACUACAAGACACUGACACUGCACUGUAUGUGCCCAGAGAGUGAGGGCAGCACCCAGGUCCCAGUGAAGGUUCUCAACUGUGACAGCAUAACUCAGGCCAAAGACAAGCUGCUGGACACUGUGUACAAGGGCAUCCCCUACUCCCAGCGCCCCAAAGCUGAGGAUAUGGAUCUGGAAUGGCGCCAGGGCCGCAUGGCCCGCAUCAUCCUCCAGGAUGAGGACGUUACUACCAAGAUUGAGUGUGACUGGAAGAGGGUCAACUCCCUGGCCCACUACCAGGUGACAGAUGGUUCCUUAGUAGCACUCGUGCCCAAACAAGUAUCUGCCUAUAACAUGGCCAACUCCUUCACCUUCACCCGCUCCCUCAGCCGCUAUGAGAGCUUGCUCCGCACUGCUAGCAGCCCUGAUAGCCUCCGCUCACGGGCACCCAUGAUCACACCUGACCAGGAGACGGGCACCAAACUGUGGCACCUGGUAAAGAAUCAUGACCACGCCGACCACCGAGAGGGGGACCGUGGCAGCAAGAUGGUCUCAGAGAUCUAUCUAACACGGCUUUUGGCCACUAAGGGCACACUGCAGAAGUUUGUGGAUGACUUAUUUGAAACAGUAUUCAGCAUUGCCCAUCGGGGCUCGGCCCUGCCCCUGGCCAUCAAGUACAUGUUUGACUUCCUGGAUGAGCAGGCUGAUCAGCGCCAGAUCAGUGAUCCUGAUGUGCGCCACACCUGGAAGAGCAACUGCCUGCCCCUGCGCUUCUGGGUGAAUGUGAUCAAGAACCCUCAGUUCGUGUUUGACAUCCACAAGAACAGCAUCACAGAUGCUUGCCUGUCAGUGGUGGCCCAGACCUUCAUGGACUCCUGUUCCACAUCAGAGCACCGCUUGGGCAAGGACUCACCUUCCAACAAGCUACUCUAUGCCAAGGACAUUCCCAACUACAAGAGCUGGGUGGAGAGGUACUACCGAGACAUUGCAAAGAUGGCUUCCAUCAGUGACCAAGACAUGGAUGCCUACCUUGUGGAGCAGUCCCGCCUCCAUGCUAGUGACUUUAAUGUCCUAAGUGCACUCAGCGAGCUCUACUUCUAUGUCACCAAGUACCGCCAGGAGGUGUGUUGUGCACCCUUUAGACCCCUAGUGACUUGA